GAUGCGCAAUUGUCUGUCCAACGGGCUGAAGACGGUGUGGAGGAGGGAACAAAGGUCAAGAUGGCAGCGGAUGGAUGGACGGUCGGUGUUUUCGGAACAGCUCAAGCUCAGCGACGUCACUGUUGAUCACAGCUCGGGCAUCCAGAAAGCUCCCUCGAUUUCUCCGUCUGCAUUUUGACUUGGACACACCACACACACCAUGUCGUUUCGCCUGAGCACACGCAGCACAAGCCUGCGGGCACCUCUCGCUCGCCUGACAACAACUCCCAUCACCCGCCGUCACCUGAGCGCAUACGGCUACGAGCAAACCAAAGCCCUAGCCUUUACCAACUAUGGCGAACCCAAGGACGUCCUCCGACUACACAGCCACAGCAUCUCGCCAGCUCACAAGGACCUCGUAACCCUCCGCUUCCUGGCCUCGCCCAUCAACCCCGCCGACAUCAACCAGAUCCAAGGCGUCUAUCCCAGCAAACCAAACUUCAGCACCACCCUUGGAGCCCCCGAGCCAACUGCCGUAGGAGGCAAUGAAGGUGUCGCCGAGAUCAUCUCCGCCGGUGGUAGCGUCAAGGGCUUCCAACGAGGCGACUGGGUCAUCAUGCGCAGCCCUGGCUUUGGAACCUGGCGCACUCACGCCCAAACCACAACAGAGAACCUCCUCAAGAUCGAAGACAAGUCCGGACUCACUCCCCUUCAAGCCGGAACCGUCAGCGUAAAUCCCUGCACUGCCUAUCGCAUGCUCAAAGACUUUGUCACUCUCAAAGAAGGAGACUGGUUCAUCCAAAACGGCGCAAACUCCGGCGUCGGCAGAGCUGCAAUCCAACUAGGCAAGCUCUGGGGCUACCGCAGUAUAAAUAUCAUCCGCGACCGCUCAGACCCUGCAGCCACAGAAGCAAUGAAGCAAGAAUUAAAAGGCUUAGGCGCAGACAUUGUUCUCACAGACACAGAAGCAAUGGACAAAUCCUUCCGCACCGUCAUCAAAGAAGCCACAAAUGGGGGCCGCGAAGAAAUCCACCUCGCUCUCAACUGCGUAGGCGGCAAACUUGUCAACAGCAUGGCCAAGAUCUUAGCCGAAAACUCGCACAUUGUAACCUACGGCGCCAUGUCCCGCGAACCCGUCACCGUACCCGCUGGCCUUCAGAUCUUCAAAAACAUCUCCUACGACGGCUUUUGGGUGAGUAGAUGGUCGGAUGCAAAUCCGGCGGAUAAGAAAAAGACGGUCGAACAUGUUUUGGAUCUUGUGAGGGAGGGCAAGUUCAAGGAUACACCGUUUGAUGAGGUCAAGUGGGAGUGGGAGACCAAAGGGGAAGAGUUGAUUAAAGCUGUUCAAGGCACUCUGCAAGGAUUUAGAUCUGGCAAGGGUGUCUUUGUGUUUGGAAAGACUUAGAAAAGGGGAAAGAGCCAAUGACGAAUUAAUGCUUUAUCUGUACAUAUACAUUGAAUUGAACAUUCUCCGACUGUCGGACACCUUUGGGAA